UUCCAUAGUUGAACACUUAACAGCCACACAUUCGUUCAAAUUUGUGAGUUAUCCUCGUCCAAAUUCACUCUCUAUAGGAAUGCCGUGCCUGCAGAUGGUCUAAAUCGGAUAUCUGAUCGUAAUCGGCCGCCGAUUGAGCAGCGCAAAUUUGAUCGCCUCCAUGGUAACCAUCAUCACAACAAGCACCCGAAACCCAUGUUCGAGUUUGAUCCCCCAAAUUUGUUUCCAUAACAUAGUCCCUUCAGCCAGAUUGUCUCUGUUUCCUUCAUCAUCAUCAUCAUCAUCAGCUCUGGUUGUGAAAUGCAGCAACAAUGGCAGCCCAGCUAGUGAUGAAGGGAGUUUGAAGGAUAUGUUGUCAGGUAUGGUGGAUGAGAGAGUUGAGCAACUUUUGAACAAAGAGGAGAACAAGGCUCUUUUACAAGGACUAGAACAAGCCUCUUCUAGAGUUGAAAUUGCGAAGAGGCAGCUCGCUGAGAUUCAAAAGCAAGAAGCGGAGGCCAGGGUUAUGAGGGAAUAUAUUGAUCAGCUUGAAUCAAAGGCAUCAGAGAUAGCUGAAUGCCAGAAAGAAAUCUUAGAAGCAAGAGCUAUGGUGGAAGAAGCAGAGCUAUCAUUGAACAGUGCUUCAAAAGAAAUGGAAAGUGGAAUGUCGGACAAAGAUAAGGAGAGACUGCAGUCUGUUAUAGCUGCUUCAGUAUCAGCUGUUAUUGGCACUCUUGCAGAACUUCCUAUUUCUUUGUCCCGGGUUACGAGCAAUACCCAACUGAUACUUCCUCUGGCUAUCACCUUUGUUAGUUGUGCAUUAUUCGGAGUAACUUUCCGCUAUGCAAUCAGACGAGACUUGGAUAAUUUUCAGCUAAAAGCAGGGACAUCUGCAGCAUUUGGCUGUGUAAAGGGGCUAGCAAUGCUCGAAGCUGGAGCGCCGCUGGAGCUAAAUGCCAGCAGUAUUGUGUCCCAUGCUUUUGAUGGUGCGGUGUAUGUUUCUGAAAGUCUUUUGAUUUUUCUAUUUGCUGGAGUUGCUCUAGACUUUUGCAUAAAGUUGAGAAUCCUUAGUCCAUUUCCAAUUGAGAGAACAUAACUAUAUGUCAAAGUAUAUUUUUUUAAUCAGAUAUAUAUUCUCUCGAGUACAGUUCA